AGGAACCACACGGGACACUGCGUGGCUGGGAGAUCCAGCAUGAGAACCCACCUUCCUCCAGCGUUUUGGGACAGCUAAACCCAGGAACUGGUUACCCCGGCACGGCCCCCACCUCCCUCCCCCCCACCCACCCCCCCGGAGGAUCAGCACAUGGGACGCCGUCCCAGCCGAUGCGGGCCAGACUCCAAGGCUACGGGCUGCUUGGGAAUGAGAGUGCAGGAGUUUCUGGAGAGGGGAGCUGGGUUGGACUCUCCCCCACGUGCAAGUCCCCGUCCGGGUGCUCAGGUCUGAUCGGACGCUGAAAUCUUUGGGAGAAAGUCAGGCACCUGGCACAGUUAGUUCCCAGCUCCCCUCUGGGAAGUGAGCCCAAGCCGCCAGCAUCCAGGAGAUACAGGUGGGAGCUGGGAUGGCAAAGCACCCACCUGAUGCCAGGAUUAGCGGAAGGAGAGGAGCGGGCACAGAAAGCCAGGGGUGCCAGGAGGGCCUGACAUCCAGCCAGCAGACCAUGGGCUCCCAGAGCGUCUGGCACAGUUCCCUGGGGACCGUUCUGCUCCUGACCUGGCUGAGUGUGGGCUGGGGCAUCGGCAGCACUCAGGGGACAGCCAGCAGGACCCUGGCGUUCGGCCUGGAGCCUCAGCCCCGCCAAAGGCGCCAGUCAGGCCAUGGGGAAUGGACGCCCUGGGGAGCCUGGAGCGCCUGCUCCAGUACGUGUGGGGACGGCGCCUCCUUUCGCACCAGGAAAUGCAUCCGGUUCCCUGAAGAGGAGCUGUGUGCAGGGGAGCCCCGGCAGUACCGAGUGUGCAAGCUGCACGAGUGUCCUGGCAGCUCGGUGCCCUUCCGGGCCGUGCAGUGCUCCCUGUAUGACGGCAAGCCCAUCCUGGGGAGCCAGGCGAGGUACCAGUGGGUUCCUUUUCAUGGAGCGCCCAACCUCUGCGACCUGAACUGCCUGGCGGUGGGACACAAUUUCUACUACACCUUCGGCAGAGUGCUGGACGGGACCCGCUGCAGCCCGGACUCCCCGGAUCUCUGCAUCAGCGGCCAGUGCUUGACAGCGGGCUGCGACGGGAUCCUGGGGUCCGGCUCUCGGAGCGACGCCUGCGGCCUGUGCGAUGGCAGGAACGACUCGUGCCUCUUCGUGCAGAGGGUGUUCCGGGCUGCGCUCCCCUCCUCCGGUUUCUUUGGGUACAAGAAUGUGACGAGGAUCCCGGCAGGGGCGAUGCGCAUCAAGGUCACCGACUGGAGCCGCAACUACCUAGCACUGAUGAACGGGGAGCAGCAGUACGUGAUCAACGGGGACUGGGCCAUCGACUGGCCGGGCGCGUACGAGGUGGCAGGCACCACGGUGCGCUAUGCCCGGGACGCGGACAAUCACGAGACCCUCGAGGCAGCCGGGCCGACAGAGGAGGAUCUGCACGUCAUGGUCCUGUUCCAGGAGCCGAACCCGGGCAUCGAGUACGAGUUCUGGCUCCCCAGGGAGCGGCACGGGCACCUCCAGGGUGACUCCAGCCCCCUGCGACAGCCUCAGCCCAGAGGGGUCAACCUGGACCCACCCAGCGUGCCCCAGCCUGGGCCUUGGACCACACUGGUGCCCCCCACGCACCUCAGCAUCAGGGACACGACCACGGAGAGGUCCCGGCGGGGACCCACAGACACAACGCAAACAGGGAGCUGCGGCAGGUGCCAGACGCCCAAGGGAAAGUCCCAGCGGAUCCGCCACUACUGCCAGAGUGACUUCGUGUUCCGGGCCCGGAUCCUGGCCAAGCGGCCGAUGGGGCAGGAGACGCGCUACGACGUGCAGGUGAAGCACACCUACCGCAACCGCUUCCCCCUGGUGCACCGGGAGUACGUGUGGGUCUCCAACGCCUGCGACUGCCCCCCGCUGCUGGAGCGCCGCGAGUACCUGCUCAUGGCCCGGCGCCACGUCAACUACGAGCACACGCUCAACCGCAUCCUGCUGCAGCGUGACAGCUACGCCCGGCCCUGGUCGCCACGCGAGGACAUGCUGCUGCGGGACAUCGCCGGGCACUGCGCCCGGGGCAGGCCGGCGUGACCGGGUGGGAGCCCCCUCCCGCAGCAGCGGGGGAGAGCCCCGCGUGGACAGGGCGGGCGGGGAGCGGUUUGGGGGCGCCCUGACCCGUUUCCGUCCAGCCCUCCCCCGUACGUACUCGGGGUGAUGCCACAAAAUCCAGGGUUCCCCUCAGAUCAGCCAGUCUGACCAGCGCUGCCUUCACCUGCCACUCACCCCUGGGCUGGCUGGCUCCAAGGCCGGGCCCUGAUGCAAGCACGUACCCCUGGCCUAAAGUCACCCCCUCGCUCCCAGUGCAGCCAGACCCUCACCUCGAGUGCCAGCCAUGGGGGUGAGAGCUGGGAGCUGACGGGAGAGCGGCUGUGAGAUCAGCUUGGGACGGCAGUGACGGAGGAAGGCAGAGCGCAAUCGGAACGGGGGGAUUUCAGUCUCCACUCUCUCCCCGAUCCAGCCAUGCUGUCCAAGGGGUAAAAUGGGAGUGUGGCUUCACAACAGGGCAGGAUGUUCGAGUCCACGCCUGGUGGUCGAGGGGACACAGGGCUUUAAAACAGUGCCUCCCUACAGGGGCAAAUCCAGGCCGUGAGCCUCGCAGCAAGCCAGUUACUAGACAGUAGCCACCCUGCUCAGCCACCUCCCUGCAGCCCUGGCACUGCGAAAUCCCUGCCAGGCAGGGUGCAAACGGCGUGAGAACCCAGCCAUCACAUCCACAUCCGCUAGCAUGCCAUGCACAUGCUAGCACACCAUGCAAACACACGCACACGCUAGCCCAUUGUGCAAACACACACGCACACGCUAGCCCAUCGUGCAAACACACACGCACACGCUAGCCCAUCAUGCAAACACAUGCACACGCUAGCACACCAUGCAAACACACGCACACGCUAGCCCAUCGUGCAAACACAUGCACACGCUGGCACACCAUGCAAACCUACACAUGCAAACACACACACACACAAGCUCACUCUGCAGCCCCCGCAUCCCCGCCAUGCAUACCAGCACCCACCCAAGUCCCGCCCCUCACACACCUAAACUCGUCUGGAGCGCCCGAGGCAAAGCGUCUGUGUCUGUCUGUAACUAACCCCUCUCCCUGCCCCCUCUCCCUGGUGCAGGGCUGGGCGGCUUUUCUCGCCUGGCCACUGCUCUGAGUCGAGUCUCUGGGAUCAGACACUGCUGUGCUGCGCCCCCACCCCGCCCACACUGACGCCUGCCGUGUGCUCCCCUCCCGGCUCUGCCCAGCAGUGAUAACGCUUGAGUCCCUGGAAUCCCACCCUCAAGCCCAUGGGAGGUGCCCUGGACUCCAUCUGCCCCGCCAGCCCCGUUGCCUGGGCCCACCAGCGCAUGCCAGGCGAGCUUCCCAGCUGGGCUGGGUCCUUGUUCCAUCCUCACCCGGCCUGCCCCACUCCCUGCUCCUGCUGGGAGCCACACGCUCCCUUCAGCCUAGGGGUGGGCUCCCAAGAGCUGGCACGGUGGGCAUGGGCACACCACGAGAUGGGCACCUGAGGGGGGGUGGUACAGCCAGAGAGGGGUGGCCCCCGCCCGUGAGGGUGCUCCUAGGGCCAGGGCAGUCGGAGGAGGGGGCAGACAGACACACCAGAACAUGCCAGCAGGUGGGCUCUGCAGGAAUGGGCAGGGCGUGUGCUGAGAUGGGCCUCACAGGGGUGGAGGCUCCUGGGACUGGGGGCAGAAGGGGAAGGGGUCAGAGAUGGGCACAGCGGGAGGCGGGCCCUCCCUAAUGCCUCCUGAAUGCACUGCUAACCCAACACGUAGUCCAGACUUGCCCCUAGCUGCCCCUCGGUGGCGCUCCCUCCCAGACCCCUCUGCAGCCCCCCUGCCUGCUUCCAUCAGGGCACUGCCCAGCCUCUCGCCCCGGGAGAGUCAGGCCAAUGCAGGGCUCCCCUGCUGCACCCCAUCCCUUCUCUGUGUUGUGUUUUUGGGGUAAUUUAUUUUUGCAAAAUAAAAUAUGUCGCUGUGUUUUUAA